CCGGAGUCGCUGUCGAAGCUCAUGUGUUUAAAAUGGUUUUGUGUGCUCCAAUACUGCAGAGACUCUCCUCGCCACUCAUAUUCUCAGCAACAAGCCGUUACUGAUGCAGGCGCUUUCUUGGAUCUUUCCUCUUUGGGCUGCCCCCGCUUCCUCCACGGCAUUCACACCCGGGCCCAGCUCGGACGUCCUUCCCGGUCCCACACCUUCCGAGGACAUCCUCAAUGACGCCCUCCACCAUCCCGUCCUCACAUGCCUACGUAAUCUAGUCACAAUCGGCGGCGGCGGGGCCUGGCCACCCCGCUCGUCCCCCCGCGACACUUGGCCCGAACCGCUCCGCGCGUACGACACAAUAUACCGGACCAUGGCACCGUUGUUUCCGACGCCCGAGUCGUCAACGGACGACGCACACAACCGGGUGUUGAUCGACGCGUACAGGGGACGGAUGCGCGAGCUGCUGGCAGAGCAUGUGGUUUUUGGGGACGUUUGCUCUGCCCUUGACCGCGCCGAAUCUGACCCGGAGUCGUGUUCACAGAGGGCGUGGCUUGGAAUAUGGCUCGUGCUCUCUUUCCUGAGGCAUUCUUACCGGUGGGGAGUGACUCCUAUAGUGAGCGAGGCUCAGAACGAGUACUCGUUGGACUUUCCAGAGGAGCUGGAUGAGCCGUGGAGCUACAUUCAAAAACAUUUCGGCACGACGUCUCCAGGCGGUUGCAUGACUUCCCUCAUGUACGCCAAUCUACGUGAGGACAGCACACUGGAAUACAGUGUUACCGUCGGGCUGUCUGACGAACAUCGCAAAACGGAGCUAUGGAACGCGAAGCUUGUGUGUGGGAUGGAGGAACGACUUCUGCGCAUGUACCAUCUGUUCACGCAUGCCAUGAUCUAUCUGGAUACAGGGGAGUUCGGGGCUGCACAAUCAGCAUUACACGCUGCGAACGAGAUACUCCGUGACGCGUUCAAAUUCUUCUUCGGUGGGAUGGUGCACAGCAACCUCAAUCAGAAGCUCUGGUUGGCAUACGUCCAGGGCUAUCAGGGAUGGACACUGGGCGGUAUUGAUGGGAUAUCUGGCGGCCAGAGCUUCGCCUUCCGCACGCUCGAUUCGUUUCUGGGCAUUAGACCGUUUCCUGAGCCUAGGAAAGAGUCGCUCCACCUUCCGACAGUUCAGCGCGACUGGCUGAACUUCCUGCGAGAUUACGAUAUCCGGGACCGCGCCAAAGCGAAAGGAGACGAGGCUGCUGGGAUCGUUACUGAGCUGGAGUCUCUGGUCAAACAAUUGCGGUUAUGGCGGAUGGGCCACAUGAAACGUAUGCAACCAUACGAGUCCGUGCAUAGGCCGGAACGCAAAACUAUGACGGCUGGGAUCUCUGUCGUGAAUGCUGCAAAUGAGGACCUUAUGAUCGAGCAUCUGAAGCAGCAGUUGGGACAACGCUGCAGAAAGUACGAAGUAUCAACAGUAGAUGGACACAACAUCUUCAACCGGCCAUUACCGAAUUUGCAGCUGAUCCCGCUGAUCCUUAUCCCCUCUUUCCUCAUUCCUACUACGAUGGCCAUCCUCGACUCGCUGUUCACGCUCCUUCAAACCACGUUCUUUUCUAUCCUCACGCUCUUUUUACGGCCUUUUGACGCCUCUCAUGACCAUGCCAUCAUUACCCCGUACCCGCUGGUGCCCGAUCUCGAAAAUCGCGUCAUCGACAUUAGCGCGCCCAAGGCAGUUUCCCGGAAACGCGCGUCAACAGACGUGCUCGGGCCGCUCGGCAACGCGAGUUGCAACGUGAAUGCGUGCUAUCCUGUUGCUCUCGGGCCCGCGCGGAGGCGGUAUACGGUGACUAUCCCCUUCUCUCCCUUCGUCAUGCAUCAAGCCCAGCAACCUUUACUUCCUCUUGAGUGGCCGCCCAAAACUGUGUCGAGCUUCAAGGUUGUCUCUGGGGCUUAUGUGCCCAACCCGUUCCACGCAAAACUCGCUCAUCCUUCACCGGUCUCGAAGCAAUCUUCAAUCUCUCUUGUAACGUGCACAGUCUCUGUAUCGCCGGCUGGAAAGGAAAACAGGGAUGGUGCUUCCGAACAGAGCUCGAAACGCAAGCCAACGCCUCUUCGUCGUAUGCCGCGGUACCUCAAUCUUGCCGGAAGCUCGCCCUCAAAGCUGGCCACCAAGAACUUUUCUCAGACUGUAGUUAUUCGCCAGCAUUCCCAGUCCGACGUCAAGUCCCGACGUGCUACGAUCCUGCCUGGGAUGGAAUACAAGACCCCGACAAAGACGAAGACUUUGUGGCGUGUCAAUGCCUCGCCGGACUCCAACUCUCCGCUCAAAUUUCAGUACGGCUGGAAGCCUGCUGGGAUGCUGACGCCAAGACGGGUCGUUGGUACCCUCGGUCCCGCUGACCGAUCGCCCGACCUGGCUGCCCGGGUAUGGAGCAUCUUCUACAAGCACCGAGACGGGGCAUCUGAGCAGGAAACCGACUGCGCGCGAGAUGUGUUCUCCCGCGACUCGCUGGGAAGUGAGAUGUCGGUCCUCAGUCAGAUGGUGAAGAAUCUGGAUGUUGUACCCGAUAACGCCGACGACGAUGCAGCCAACGCGCACGGCUCGCCCCUUACUCCGCGAUCCGGCUAUUCUCCGACCAGCUCUUCUUCCUGUUCCUCAUCAAGUUCUCCUUCGUCUUCGACGCUCGGCUCCCCUGUCUCACGGGCGUCGACCGAGUUGGCGUAUAUGUGCGCGGCGAGCCAGGGUCGCCGUCCCUGGCCGACCUCGGCAGUGCGCUCGUUCUCGCCGCCAGCACGCCCAGAUUGUGCAUCCGAGACUUCGUCGUCCUCACGGGCCGUAUUCUACAAAGACUUUCUCACUGGCGAGCAAGGCUUCCUCUCGACUACUCGGCACUGGGAGCCGGCACAGGUCGGGGCGUGGUUGCGUCAGGAGGAGCAUUGGAGCGAUGUUCUCUGUCUGGAAGAGUACGUACGCUAGACCACUGUCGUGUCAGAACCGUUCUUGCAUGACACGAUAUGCCUGUGGCUGCUUCCUCGUCUGGCUUUAGCUUUGUCAUGUUACUUCUACGCAGUUAGACCAAUAACAUGCACUUCGACGCAUCUUCAGUUCGGUAUCAGCAUUGGGUUCACAACGCAAUCAAUUCUUCCUGGAGACGCGCAGAACUAUGUACGACAUAAGGUGUAUUCUCUGGCUACUCCGUCUGGUUGAGUGAAUCUCCGAUACCAAGGAGCCCGACACUGUACUAUAAAUAGUUGAAGAGCAGAUACGCAAUGUCUUGACAAGAGACAGAAAGACCACGAGCUCUUUAUGCAUGCUCAGAACGUACUACAUUGUCAUCCGACCUACCGCAUGGAUGAGAGCCACUCAAGGAGGGCCACUUGAAGCCGAUGUCUCAAAAUACAUGCGAAAUUUAUGCGCGGUUUGAUGGACCGGCGUUCAUUCUUAGUAGCCUCAAGUUGAGCGAGCUGAAAUAUACGUGUACAAAAAUAAUGCAUCUAUCUGCGUCGUAUUCCGGCGGAUACCGAACGUGGAACUGGAGGAGGCAGACGAAGCGAGCAGAUGGCGCAUCUCGAGAAGAAUGCACGUGGGUCAUCAAAGCUUUCAGGAACUUGUGCUGCAAAUUGGCCUACUAAGUAGCACGACGCUUGAUUGAUAUCGCGAGUUCUGCUUCCACCACCGGCGGAGCUUGCGGACGAGGCGAUAGCCUGGUGCAUAUGGCGCUUGCUGAGUGGGCGCUCGCACGUUCUGUCGCUGGACGAUUCCUGACCAAUGACGUGCUAUGUACUGUAAGCGCGUGGAUGCCUCCUGUGCAUACUUCCGCGGACGGCCCCUUGUGGCACUCGAAGCGCGUUCGCAACACUCGGGAGUCGGAGCGAGAGAAGAAAGAUUGGACGCCAGACAUGCGUAUGGUUCAUGUAAUCUCCGGCGCGCACUUGGGGUUUGGCACGGGUGUGAGAUUUUCAGGUUUCGGCUGAGCAGCGCAUGAGAUUCAUCAUGAUUGGGUGUCUGUCAGUGAGGUGGGCAUGGAUAGGACGGGCACGCACUGGCAGCGGAUGCUUUGCAGUAGAGACCACAUUACGGGGCGCCGUUAUCGAUUCCAUGACAUGUGCUGACAAUGUGUAGGCGACGGUCGACUUCGGUUGCCCCAGACCAAUGGGCCAGCGUUCUGACUUGAUUUCAUCCUCGGAUACUCUCACUGGGCGCUUCUUUGGACGAAGACCCUACCGCUACCUCCGACUGGCGGACAGAUGCAACAGCAGACAGAUAGACCGACAACCUCUUGCUCCGAGGACCAAAGCCCCGUACUGAUUUGAGUGGGAAACAAUGGGACAAUCAUCUCCAGCUUUUCUUUGAGCGCCUUCUCCAAUCUGGCAGCACGUCGACCUCGGUGAGUAAUAGCUAAUCAUUUGUCGCAUCAGGAUGCUACUCCCAUCAUUGCAUGGCUCGCGUUGCACCUGGAGUCGAUCAGUGAUGUUGUCUGGAGACUCGGUGCGCCUCUCCGGACUCGAAGCCUUUCUAUUCUCGGUUCCAUGCUUCACCCUGGGGCUGACGGAGGAGCUCUAGACCGCGUUCGCUUGCGCGUCUCUUACAUCGCGCUCGUGCAGCACGCUUCCUCAAGCAUCAUUUCUGCGCGGUGACUCGCGGGUCCGGGGAAGACAGAUCAGACCACGGAUGUUUUUGAUCUCGACAUCCAAGUGGCGCAAUAUGUGCUCACGAUGUCAGAUGGGGGCAGAGAUUGGAAGCACGACCGCUAAUGAGAGAUCGACGGCUCAAGCAGCUGCAUAUGUCCGUUCUGAUGACGGCAGGUUACCAGCAACUCCGUCGCUUUGAUACCGUCCUAUCGGUCCCGGGACUCUUGCAUCAUCCUUGCUUGGGCUGAUCCAAACCUGGACAGGAUUAUCAUCGAGUAUGACAUGAGCGCCCGCAGCCCUCUGGCAACAGCCAACCUUACGAGAUCUCAGCCCGUCCGUUUCUCCAGCUCCGCGGACCGUGCAUCUCGAGAAGAGUGCAAAAUGUGCGCGCCUCGGGGGUGCAAAAUCGUCUCUUUUUCUUCUCACGUCCCAAUCGGGCAAUAACAUCCAGUUUCCCCACGCCCAUCGAUCCUGCCGUGAUCUCAACUGCUGCUAUGCCCUGAACGGGACGUAUCAGGUGUUGGGCUGACCUCUCCCGUGAACAGCGUGGGACCGUCUGUUGUGCAGGUUUCAGCAGGGCUGUCUCGGUCCUUCAAUAUGUAUGGCAAGGCACUUCUGAAUCGCCGAAUCUGAUGAGGGCCUUGUGGCACUGCCAUGCCACAGAUCAGACUGUUGUUCGGCAAGUGGCCGACUGGGCGCGGCGUUCCGGGCUUGGAAGAUGGCCCUAGGGGCGGACGGAAUAGCCUUAUUUGGAGCUGAACGUAGCAGCUUUUGGCAGCGCCGGAUCUCGGAUCUGAGUCGAGCAUGAUCGAUCUCGGAGAUUUCCCGAACGGCUUGAGCGGGGAAUCUAACCUGUCGGGCUAGGCUGCUAUGGAUUGUAUUGAGCAUGGCAAAUUCCGGUGGGUAUUUGUGGCGGCGGCUCCCAAGCUGUGACCUGGCAUGCAUCGACAGAGCCAGGGCGCCGGGAGGCGCCAGGGAAUGCUUGGCUGGGCCUGUGAUUUCCCGAUGGUGCAUACACAUCUGAAUCUUGGCUCGGUUCGGCUAUCAUUCAAUGAGCCUACCUACCUACCUGCACUAUUUGCGUGCUCCACAUAAUCAUAACAGCUUGUCCAUCAGAAAUGCGGAACGUCGCACGAACAAGGGGAGCGAAAAACACGAGCUCGGGCGCGGAAUUCUCUCAUGCGGCAUGGUUACUCGAGGCAGCGUUGUGAUAUCAUUCGCCCAACAAUGUUCAGCUAGCUAACGGGCAGUUGGAACAUGCCGAAGAGAACGCUGGGUUGUUGGGGGAUCGGCCGGUAAUCAACCUGCCUAUCACUUGAUCAGACAUCGGUGAUACAUGGAGAGCAAGCAGUAUGUUUGCGAAUUGCAUGGUGAAGAAUGCAAUCAUGUAAACAUGCAUCAGUCGAAUGUUUACCAUCUCUGGUAUGGCGCACAGUGGCUUAUGUACGCGGUAAGAAUCCUUGAUGACACGUUAGGUAGAACUAUUUAGGAUGAGGUCUGAGUCCCAGAUCCUUGCCGAGACGCAAUUGCGCAGUC